CAACGACAAAUGUAGCGUGAUUUAUUGUUGAGGUUGUAUUUUUAAUUGAGAUGAUAGUAAACUUUCAUGCUGCCGGCUAACACCGGUUAGCUUACUAAAUGUGGCUAACACGUCUGUUUGUAUCUUUGGCUGGCGCCCUGUUAACGUUUGAACAUAAAGAAGUCGCUUUUAUGGGUUUUAAAGCCCAAGUACCUGCAGAUUAGGGCGCAUAGAGGUGAUUUUGUGCGAAGAUUUGUGCCUUCUCUACUCUAUCUCGUCCAGGGACUCCAAGAGGAGAGCGAGAGACACUGGUCUCCAUGGUUACGCCUCAGCUGCCAUGUCCUCCAUCUCCGUGUCCACAUCCGCUGCUGCUGGAGGGUGUGAUGCAGCCAGGGGGUCUGAGCUGGCCUUCCUGUCUUCAGAGCGCUAUGCCAGUCUCAUCCUGUCCCAGAUGAACAAGAUGCGUCUCCGCUCAGACUUCUGUGAUGUGGGACUCAAGGUCGGCAGCCAGGUCUUCAAGGUCCACCGGCUAGUCCUCGCUGCCAGCAGCCCGUACUUCUCUGCCCUGUUCUCAGGAGGGAUGAUGGAGACAGAUAAGGACGUGGUGCAGAUCAUCGGAGUGGACACAGAAGUCUUUGAAAUUCUGUUGGACUUUAUUUAUUCAGGUACAAUCAGCGUAACAGUGGAGAACGUCCAGGAGCUGAUGGUGGCAGCAGAUAUGCUGCAGCUGAAUGAGGUCGUCUCCAUGUGUGGGGAGUUUCUCAAGGGCCACAUGGACCCUUUCAACUGUGUGGGCAUCUUUCAGUUCCUGGAGCAGAUCGCCUGCCUGGACAUGCUGGAAUUCACUGAAAACUACAUCCAUGUUCACUUCCUGGAGGUGUGUGUCACUGAUGAGUUCAGGGAGCUGACAAAGGAUCAGUUAGUGAGGCUUCUGAGAAGCGAGGAGCUGAGGAUUGAAGAUGAAUACCAGGUAUUUACAGCAGCCAUGGACUGGGUCCUCCAAGACGUGGUGAAGAGGAAAAAACAUGUCGUUGAGGUGUUGGAGGCGGUCCGCUUCCCUCUGCUUUCCCCACAGAGGCUCUUCAAGUACAUAGAAGGUGUGGCUGACUUCAGCCUGCGGGUGGCGCUGCAGACUCUCCUAAAGGAAUACACAGAGGUCACCAAAUCUCCCAAAGAAAACAAGACGUACAGUCAGCUCCAACCAGCAAAGAUGAGACCCAGAAGAAAAGCCAGGAAAUACCUCUACGCCAUAGGAGGAUACACCCGGCUGCAGGGUGGCCGCUGGAGUGACAGCAGGGCUCUGAGCUGCGUGGAGCGCUUCGACACCUUCAACCAGUACUGGACCACCGUGUCGUCCCUGCACCAAGCCCGCAGUGGACUGGGAGUAGCCGUGCUGGAGGGAAUGAUCUAUGUAGUGGGAGGUGAGAAAGACUCCAUGAUCUUUGACUGCACAGAGAGAUACGACCCAGUCACCAAGCAGUGGUCCGCCGUGGGCUCGCUGAACUUCCCUCGCUGUGGAGUUGGAGUCUGUCCCUGUCACGGAGCGCUGUACGCACUCGGAGGGUGGAUUGGAUCAGAGAUCGGGAAGACCAUGGAGCGGUACGAUCCAGAGGAGAGCAGGUGGGAAGUGAUCGGCACCAUGGAUGUUCCUCGCUACUACUUUGGCUGCUGCGAGCUACAAGGGUUCAUUUAUGUGAUUGGAGGGAUCAGCGACGAAGGAACGGAGCUUCGCUCAGCAGAGAUGUUUGAUCCCAUCUCCCGUCGGUGGAGCGCCCUUCCCGCGAUGAGCACACGCCGGGCCUAUGUGGGCGUGGCCUGCCUAAACAACUGCAUAUACGCAGUGGGAGGCUGGAACGAGGCACUGGGAGCACUGGAGACAGUGGAGAAGUACUGUCCAGAGGAGGAGAAGUGGGUGGAGGUGGCCUCCAUGUCCACAGCUCGCACCGGUGUGUCGGUGUCGGCGGUGAACGGGCUGCUGUACGCUGUGGGUGGGAGAGCCGCCAGCAGAGACUUCUCUGCACCUGUGACCAUCGACUCCGUGGAGAUCUACGACCCUCACCUGGACAUCUGGACCGAGGUCGGGAACAUGAUCACGAGCCGCUGCGACGGCGGCCUGGCCGUGCUCUGACUCAUCUGCGAACGUCUUUAAUCAUCUCAACUCUGGAAGAGCUGCACCUUAAGAAGCACAGCGAGGACCGUCUCCGUCUCAAGCGUUAUUUAUACGUGGACACGUGUCCCUUUUAGCUGUCCAGAAUGUUUGUCUUUUGAAAAGAUGGAAGAGCGAAAACGUGGCUGGGAUGGAGAGUGCCAAAAGCUUCUGUUACACCACCAUCAGUCCCUCGGUUUACUUGAAUCCACACAAACAGCACAUUUAUUACCAUUAUCAUUAUUAUUGUCACACAGAAGCAUGCUGAUCAGCAGGAUUCCUUCUCACUUGGUUUAACUAAAACAUCUGAGAUGUUUGUCUCUGUUAGUGUUUGUGAGAGGACGACUCGUUAGUUUGAUCUUCUAACCUUGCGGCGUUUGAGGGUCCGACACCCUCCUGAGACAGAAACUAAAUGAUGUCGGCGUGUUUGGUUUCCAGCUGCGAUCGUAGUCCUGAUGAGGUCGUUAGCAGCCCAGCGGCCGCUCUCUCGUCACUGGAUGAUUUUUCUUGUUCGUCCCACUGUUGAUUCUAGAACUGGUGAUUUCAUCCAUCAGCUUGGUCCAAGAGAACUUUUCUGCAUUUGAAUUCAUACAAAUGUAAAGGUUAAAGGUCGGUGUGUCUGAAAUAUUUCAAAGCUGUCAUUAGAGAUGCGACAUCAAUGACUUGCUGCUUUUUAUUUCUUAAUAAACUUCACAGAUUGUGCUUCA